AUGGUGGAUUAUCUGCUGCAACUUCCCAGGGGCAAAUUCGUCAUUCCAAGCACUCAUCCCAUGCUCUCCGGCGGCGCCGCCGCGCUAGGAUCCAUCGGCACCAGCAUCGGCCAGAUCAGCAGGGCGGUAUUCGUCGGAGGUGGCGGAUCCUGGAAGGAUGCGGCGGCGAACGGCGGCUUGACCCUCGCCGUCACGGCGCUUGCUGGCCUCGCGUUAGCCGCCGCGGUGUUCUACUCCUCUAGUGGCCGUCUUAAAUCCCCAUGGUUUCGAAGGAAAAGAAAACACAUACUCUCACCUGAUCAGUGGAGAAAUUCCUUCACUCCCGAAGGGAAACUCCGUGACAAUGGAGUUAAAUUUCUGAAAAAAGUUCGCAGUGGAGGUGUUGAUCCUAGUAUUCGAGCAGAGGUCUGGCCGUUUCUUCUUGGAGUAUAUGACCUGACAAGUAGCAAAGAAGAAAGAGAUCUCACAAGAACCAAGAAUAGAAAGGAAUAUGAGAAACUGCGGAGACAGUGCCGCCGGCUACUUAAGCGCAACAACAGCAGCAAACAUUCCGAGUCGAAUGAAAGCGGCGAAACAAUCAGCCCAGGCACAGAUUCUCCCGCCUCAGAAGAUGUCGAGAGUGCCCGACAAUCCCUCUCCAGUGAAAGGAGGAAGCAGAUAAUCGAGAGUUAUAGCAGCAUGGACGAGAUUUUGAGGGAGUGCAAUGCGAUGGCAGGCCAUCUCGAUGUGUGGAAGCUGCUUGAUGAUGCUCACGACUUGGUGGUGACCCUACAUGAGAAAAUCGGAACUUAA